UGUACUUAUGCUCUAUUCUCCUUUCUAUCUUUACCGAUGGCUCAAUUUGGAGACUGAAGAGUAUACGCAGAGAAUUCAUAAAAUAGAUAUUUCCUCUUUUCAGGAAAAUUUUGAUACAGUUAAGCUAUCUUGGACCAAACAAGUGACAAGAAGUUAGCCUCUGUCCCGCAAAGUGACAGCUAAAAAGUAAAUAGGAACAACAUUAAAAUACCAUAAUCCUUACUCCUUUAUAGUCUUUGUGGAUGUCAGUUUUCGAAGGUCUUGUUAUAAUUCUUCAGCAUUUUUAAUUUGUAUAUUCGUUUAUUUUCAUUUUUUCGUUUUGUGGCCCUGACUUCUAUGACUCAUCGAUACUCGUUCGUUUUCGUUAGGACGGCCAAAAUACUAUUUCUACAACAAAACUAAAAUACAACAGUUCAUUUGAUCUUUUUGUGGCACCUGUUCUUAGCUUCACUGCGAAAGCUUUCCGCGAAACGAGACAGCUGACUAACGACAUAAUAUUGAAUGUAGCUUGCAGCGCGCUAAUUUAAUUUUGAGAACCAAGGGGUGCCAAUUAAUUUUAGUAGCUCAAGGGAGGGUGCUUAUAAGAAAGGAAAUAAGGAACUUUGUAGACAAAGGAACUAGUUUUUGUGAUGUAAACUAAUUCUGGGGUAAUUAUUGAACUCGAUAGGCAUGUGCCAAUGGACAAAUCAGAUGACACGUCUCUUACUCGGACAAAUUUAGGGGCAACAAUUAUUUUACGGCUUCUACUUAUAAAAGAAGGCAAGGAAAAGCUGACAAGUGAUCCACGCAGCCGAAGCUUAAGCCGAUUUCUGUGGCAUGAAGAUACUAGGAGUGUCUCUACUCCCCCUGGAUGGGAUGCAAGGCUAUCGCAGGUUUUCCCCCAGCAUUAAAUUCGCUAGUACCCAUCUAUAUAUCUGGGUGGAGAGAGGCACUGUGAGAUCACAAUGUCCCCUGCCGGGGCUCGAAUUUGGACCGCUUGGUCCAGCGCGCUAAUCAUGAGGCUACCCCGGGGUCUUCCCUAACUCCGUUUCGGGGCCCAUCGCCAACCCUAUCCGACCCUACUACACAACGAAAUUCUGUAAAUUUUGCAAUUAAGUCAAAGCAAAAGAUAUUUGGAUUAUGUUUCAGUUAUCGUUUAGCCUGAAAUGAGCAAGUGAGCAAUCCGUAGCGUUAAAAUAAUUCAAUGAUUUGCGAAAUGACAGGCCGUAAUGACACGUUUUGCGGUAUGCGCAGGCCCCGAGCUGUUGAAAUUGACCUCAGCUGAUAAGGUCAAUGUUUCGGAGGAAUCUCAUGAGUGAAAUUUUCGAAGAUGGGAAGUUGCGGCGAAAUAACUUCAGAUCUCAAUGCCAAUAGCGCCGAGGAAAAUUUCGGCCUUCCUGAUUACAAAGUGCCAUUUGAGUUUCGUGAACCGUACAUUUUGUCCGGCUAUCGUCGCCCAAAGAUAUCUGCUUGGGAAUGUUUCCACAGCCUCUUCAAGCGAACCAACGAAACCAUCAAUGUCUGGUCUCACGUUGCCGCCUUUGCAGUCAUCGUUUGGCGCUCGAUCGUUGUUUUCACACAGCAUAAUCCACUUCACGAUGCAUUUGUUUAUCCGUUGCUAUCGUUUGCUGUUGGCACCUCCGCAAUGUUCUUCAUGAGUUCCGGAGCGCAUCUGUUCAACUCGAUGUCGAGCAAGACUCGCCAUGUUUGCUUCUUCUUCGACUACGCUGCUAUCAGUGUGUACGCCUUUUCUGUUGGACAAGCCUUUUACUUUUACUCAAGACCUCUGAGCACAGAUCAGGUACUGUUCCUCUCUUAUCCCGGUUAUGUGGUUGUGUGUGUUUUCGUUGCCAUUUUAUCCACGUACGCUUGCUGUGCUUCGAGACAUCGUUGGAUCGACUUCAAGUUUUUAAUUCGCACCGGAACCUUUUCUGCCUCUUUCUUUAUAAACACUCUGCCAUAUUGGCUUCGAAUGUAUCAGUGUACGUCACAAGUGGACUGCAAUGUUGUGUCUAUCCCUUAUUUCCAGCGCCAGUUCAUGUUGUUUGCCAUAGCUGCGGUCGCUAAUGGUAGCAGGUUGCCUGAACGACUCCUGCCCGGUGUUUUCGACUUCUGUGGUCAAAGUCAUCACUUUUUGCACGUUCUUUGCGCCAUUGGUUCAAUGGACGAGUUUACAGCCAUAUAUCUAGACAUGUCAGGAAGGAGGAAAGCUCUGGAAGAUUUGUCAGCUAUUCCCACGUUUACAAACAGUCUUCUGCUGACAUUGCUUGUGCUAGUUGGUAAUGUUGUUGUUGUAUUAUACUUUACAAAGUCCAUCAAGCCAGUUGACAAUGCAGAGAAAAGAAAGGCUCGAGGUAAAGGCAAUUGAAUUACCAGAUUCUGGGCUUUGGAGGAAAAAAUUAGCUUUACAUGUAAAUAGUGAAUUCUGGAUUUUCCUCAAAGGAGAAAGAGAUAUUCCCUUUAACCACCUCCCCCCCUCUCCCAUCCUUUUAAAACUAUUUGUGUCUGACUCGUAAGGCCUUCCAAGGGGGUAGCCGUGUCACCAUGUCACAUACUUUUGUGUACCAAUGUUACCUAAUCAGCGGAACCAAAUGUUGCAGUUGUUUUUCUACAUGAACUCAUAUGUCGCUGUCACUAUUUGAUUUUUUCCUGUUUUUCCUGCAGUGUACGCUCUCUCAAAUAAUGCAGCUCAUGGUUUUAAAAUACCUUUUUCAAUGUUUAUGUUCAUCAUCUGUGUUUCCUGUCCAAAAGGGUCAAUGUCACUGUCUUUUCUAGUGCUUCUCUUGUCACUGUCAAAUUUUAGCAGCGUAUUCGACUCGCUUGUUACUAAUUAGAAAUUCCCAUGUCGUUGGUUUUCAGGGUCGUGUCACUUGUCCCUUUUACCCUUGGAAGGCCUCACUCAUGUUAUGUUGGUUUUCGUAGAUAAAUCAGAGGUGUUACUGUGUUACAGAGCCUGUGUGCAGCCACAUGUUCUCCUCAAGAAAAUUAACAGGAGUUAGUGGGGUAACAUUGAUCAUUAUGUUUCUCACAUGAAUUAUCAUUGCAUUAAAACCAUUUCAGUAGAGACAUCAAAGGGGAUGCUGUCUGCGCAUGUUCAGGGGCGUGCGUAGCUAGGGGGGUCCAGGGGUGCCCGUGAUCCCCCCUUUUGUAAGCCUUUUUUAAGCGAGCAACCUACAGCAGGUGGCAAAAGUGACAUUACAAUCUGGUGAGUACCCUCACUUUGACACAGUGUAACCCCCCUUUGAAAAAUCCUGGCUAUGCCCCUGACCCUAGGCACAUGGUAUAAUAGAAAUCUAAACAGGCUAUAAUGUACAGUACUCAGGCUUUUAGUCAUAUGGACGUCCAGGCAUCCUGUGGAAGGCCACUUAUUAAGAAAAAAAUUUUUUUCAUGCAUUGCCCCAUAAAUUGUUCAAUUGAGCAGGACCUAUAGCACUUUUUGGAGGGCCACUUUUCGAAUGCGGCCCCAUACCCCACUGGGGGCAAUAAGGAUUGAUGAUGAUAACUUUUCAAAUCCUGGCUAAAUGCCUGACAGUACUCCUGAAAACAACUUUAAAACCAUUUGUACAAGGGUGAAAUUAUUUAUACACAAAAACUGGGAAAGUGCAGGAGCUUGGACUAAAAAGAAAAUGAGAUCACGGCAAAAGAAAAUUAUAAUUAUAUAUAUUAAGCUUUAGUAAAACUAGACUGUCUUCAAUAGACACAUCAUUUUCAACUUGGAAAAUAUUUGUUAUUUUCACUCUAUCAUUCCUUCACUCCCUCACUCCCUCACUCCCUCACUCCCU